CGUAAUGUGCAGACUCUGCGGUUCAGGAAGCAGCUACCACUCAGAAACGCUGUCCGCCUUUACUCUGAACGGCCCGACUUCACCAGAAUAUCCCCCUGCAGCUGGACCGGAGCGGGAGAGAGAGAGCACAGGAACGACCGUAGCGCUUCCUUCCGCGGCUGCUCGGUGCGAGCGAUCUGCAGAAGGUGCGGAUGGGCUGAGCAGUGCUAUGUGAAGCGGAGCUCGAGUGAGCGGAGAGUGUUUAGAGCUCGGACGUUUGUGCAGGGUAGAGUCCCUCUACUGCGCGGCAAACGCGAGGAGCAAAACAAAAGCAUGUGGACAUAAUCUUCCAACAAAGGUUGUUACAGAAGUCCAUUCCUGAACUUCAGUACCUCAAUAUGGGGCUCCGGUCAGCUCAGAAGAAGCACUUUCCCCUCAGAGGCAUCGAUGGAGUCGUGCAGCUCUUUGAGGCUGAGCUGGCGAACUCUGAGCCAGACUUAGCCCUCCUGUCUCUGGUCCUGGGCUUUGUGGAGCACUUUCUGGCUGUCAACAGGGUGGUGCCCAUUAAUGUGCCAGGAGUGCGCUUUGAACCUCUAAAAGGAGACUGUCUCAACUCGUGCUUCCCCACUGUAGAUCUAGGAUUAAUAUCUGCACUGCAUGAACGCUUCACAGCACAGAUCCGUGGUGCAGUGGACCUGUCUGUGUACCGCAAGCCUGCAGGUGGUUCAAGCCGGGAGCUGGUGAAGAAGGUCUCAGAUGUGAUCUGGAACAGCCUGAGCCGAUCUUACUUUAAAGACCGAGCCCACAUUCAGUCUCUCUUCAGUCUGAUCACAGGCACAAAGUUGGACAGCUCUGGCGUGGCAUUUGCAGUUGUAGCUGCAUGUCAGGUUCUGGGACUAAAAGACGUUCACCUGGCACUGUCUGAAGACCACGCCUGGGUGAUCUUCGGCAAAGGGGGUGAGGAGACAGCUGAGGUCACAUGGCAUGGCAAGGGCAACGAAGACAGAAGAGGCCAAACCGUUACUGCUGGAGUCAAUGAGAGAAGCUGGCUGUAUUUAAAAGGUUCUUACAUGAAGUGCAACCGUAAUAUGGAGGUAGCGUUUAUGGUUUGUGCCAUCAACCCAUCUUUAGAUCUGCACACGGACAGCAGUGAGCUGCUGCAGCUUCAGCAGAGGCUGCUUUGGUUGCUGUAUGAACGAGGAGACUUAGAGAGAUAUCCUAUGGCAAUGGGCACUCUUGCUGAUCUUGAAGAUCAGGAACCUAUUUCUGGCAAGGCAGACCCACUCUCUAUCCAUCUCAAGGCCGUGGAGUCUGCUAAGAAGUACUACAACAAUGAGCACAUCUAUCCAUUCAUGUACCUGGGUGGAUACCACUACAGGCACAGAAAUGUGCAGGAAGCUUUAGGGGCCUGGGCCGAGGCUGCUUCUGUCAUGCAAGACUACAACUACUGCCGUGAGGAUGAGGAGAUCUAUAAGGAGUUUUUUGACAUUGCUAAUGAUGUCAUCCCGACCCUGCUGAAAGAGACUGCUGCUGCUGCUGAGAGUGGAGGAGAAGGUGCUGAGGGAACGGAGAAGGACCAGCCGAGACAGGCUGCGGCUGUCUCUGCCCUCCAAGACCCAGAAUGCUUUGCGUACUUGUUGCGUUUCUAUGAUGGAAUUUGUAAGUGGGAAGAGGGAAGUCCCACACCUGUGCUUCAUGUAGGCUGGGCCACCUACCUCGUUCAGUCCCUCAGUCGAUUUGAGGCGCAGAUAAGGCAGAAAGUGACUAUUAUCACCAAAGAGGCAGAACCGCAGGAUGAUGACGAUCAGUCCAGUGAUGACCCUCGCGAGGGACGCAGGAGAGGCCCAAGGCGCGAGUCCAAACCCGAGGAACAAGCAGGGACCUCUCCACCAGCCUCGGCUGCACCUGCUGCUCCACCCGCCCAGCCUGCUCUGCCCAAAAAAGUGGGGGGAGAAGGAGGCCGUCGUCGAUCUUCGGCUGGGGGUCGAGGGAAAGAGACAGAUGGAAAGAAUGAACCAUCUUCCCCAAGUCCCACGCCUUCUCCUACCCAGCCAGUGGCAGCAGCUAGUGGGCCGGUGGUGACCUUCCAUAGUGAGAAGAUGAAGGGGAUGAAGGAGCUGCUCUCUGCGGCCAAGAUUAACUCCAGCGCCAUCAAACUGCAGCUCACCGCCCAGUCACAAGUUCAGAUGAAAAGGCAGAAACCUACACCCUCCGGUGAUUACACCCUGUCCUUCAUGAAACGCCCACGCAAGACUCUUUAGAAGGUUCUUUAUUGAAAGAACUGUUCUUUUCCUGCUUAGUUUCACCUUGAAUCGACAUCAUUAGCUUACCUGCAUUCGUGCAGUGGGAUGUGAUCAUUUUGAAGAUGAAGGUGGAAACUGUUGGUGGUUCACUGUGUGGUCCAUCUUGUACCAGCACUGAAGAUUGAUGUGAUUUAUUGCUGUAAAGCGGGGUUCACCAGUUACAGUCCCUGAGGGCCACAGCACUCUACAGUUCAGUGGUUCCAAGCUGUCACCUGCUUGAUUCAUCUGCUAAUUGUUAAGUCACUCAUGUGUUUUAAUGGGAGAACACUUACUUGUCUUGUAACCCUUCAGGACUAGAGUUUAAAGUCCUGCUGUAUGGUAAGAGAUUAAUUACGUUGCCUUACUUUUAUAUCUUUCCUUUUAUGGUAAUUAUAUAUUAAAAAAAAGUUGCCACACGCCAAAGUUUAGUGUUUAACAUGCUGUGAACACUUUUUUGAAAGAAUGAAGUUGUUUCUCCGAUAGACUGCUUUCAUAAAGCUUCAGACGUAGAAUUUACACUUUUCUACAUGCUUUUUUUUUCUCUCUCCAGCCCAGUAGGACGUUUACAUUAGCAUGUACGGACAAAUAACACAUGCUAGUCUCUUCACUUUGCUCGCUUUCAUUCCUUCCUGUUUGUUGCCAUAUUAGUGCGAAGCUUGUUUGCUUCAUAGGUGGCCUUUAGUGUGUAAAAUGGCAAGUGUCCUUUUUUGAGGGCCAGUAUGCUUGUAGAAUGCUCUUUACAACUUUGUCGAUCAAUGUUAAACUAUCUCUGUUUUUAAAAUAAACAAGUCCUGAAAACUUG